CCGCGAGUAGAGACCUGGCCCUCCUCCCCUUUUCUCUCUCUGUUCCGCGCGGCGAGAUAAUUCGGUUGCUUCUCCCCGCGGCCGCGGCGGCAUCUCUCCCGGCGGCGGCGGAGCUCACGUCCUUCGCGGCGAACUGCGCUCCAGGCAGCGGGACCAGAGGGGAUGGGGGACCGCGCCGCGGGGAGCGGCGGCGGGGGAGGGGGAGGAAGCGGCGUGCGGAGGGUAGGGGACUACGUGCUGGUGCGGCAGAUCGGGUCGGGGGCGUACGCGCGGGUCUGGCUCGGGAAGCACCGCACGCGGGGCACGGAGGUGGCCUUGAAGGAGAUCGCCGUGGAGCGGCUUAGCAGCAAGCUCCGCGAGAGCCUCCUCUCCGAGGUCGACAUCCUCCGGCGCAUCCGUCAUCCCAACGUCAUCGCCCUCCACGAGUCCAUCAGGGAUGGUGGGAAAAUAUAUCUUGUAUUAGAGUACUGUCGAGGUGGUGACUUACACUCAUACCUUCAGCAGCAUAAAAGGGUUUCUGAAACAGUUGCUAAGCAUUUCAUCCAGCAGCUAGCAUCUGGUCUGCAGAUGCUGCGUGAAAACAACGUGGUUCAUCGAGAUCUAAAACCACAGAACAUUCUUCUAGUUGCAAAUAAUGAAAAUUCCCUCUUGAAGAUUGCGGACUUUGGAUUUGCAAAGUUUUUAGAACCUUCUUCUCUGGCUGAAACACUUUGCGGUUCACCGCUUUACAUGGCUCCAGAAGUCAUGCAAGCUCAGAAGUAUGAUGCAAAGGCAGAUUUGUGGAGUGUUGGUAUAAUUCUAUAUCAACUUGUUACCGGAUCUCCUCCUUUUACCGGGGAUAGUCAAAUCCAGUUGCUGAGAAAUAUACUCAAUACACGAGAAAUACGAUUUCCAUCUGAUUGCGACUUGAGCCAUGGCUGCAUUGACUUAUGCAGAAAGUUACUGCGAAUCAAUUCAGUGGAACGCCUUACCGUUGAAGAGUUUGUGAACCAUCCAUUUCUCGCUGAACAUGCUUUGGAGAGAACCUUGAGCCGGACACCAUCGGACAUAAGAGAUGGCUUUCCAUUCAUUAAUAGCAGUCCUACGAGACCUUCAAGCCAAAGUUCUCAGGAAGAUUGUAUGCCUUUUCCUUUGGAUGAUGAGUCAACUGGACAGGAUGAAGGUCCUGUUUCUGAUAGUAAGAGUGCAAUAAAAUCCUAUGGGUUUGCCACGAGUAAAAGGCUUGAUAAAACUUCAGGUCAGAGUCCAACGAAACAUUCAAGUCUGGUCUCUAAAUAUAUUAGGGGAAAUAAUUACGCAUCUAGUAGUCAACGCCUGGACCAUCCUAGGAGAAUCAAGGAAAACAAGGGUGAUGAAGGGCACAACCCUAAAGGUGGUUAUCCAGAAGAUUCCCCUAUCAUUGAUUCAUUAGAGUUUGUAGAUCAGGAAUAUGUCUUUGUGCACCCAGAGGGAUCCUCCUCUUCGAUGAAUGACUCCCGACAGCGCACCAUGCCAUCAAAACUUGACAGUUCUUCUCUUUCACCACCGAAGUUAUUAACUGCUGUGAGUGCACCAAGGCCAAUACAUGGCAUGGCAAUUAACAGACAGCAAUCUGGUGGAACUGGUAGCUUGGACAGUCACUGCUCUCCAGUAUCUGGUACUUCACAAGGAUCUGCAGAUCUCAACGAUGCUAUGGAUCAACCACCAUCUGAUUGUCUGACCAGGGUUAGAUUAUUGGAGCAGUAUGCGUCUACCAUAGCAGAAUUGGUGAAAGAAAAGAUUAAAGAUGCCAAGCACUUAGAGGGAUUCUCGAUUCAGCUAGUUGUUCUUGCAACCUGGAAGCAAGCAAUUUACAUCUGCACUUCUUAUGCAUCUUCUGCCACAAGAGAGAAUCCUUCCCAUGAUGUCACCGCGAAGGGUUUUGGCUCAAAUGCUCCCCAUUUGCUUGCAAACUCUCAACUGUUAUAUGAUACAUGCAUGGAGAUAGAGAGUCAGUUUUUGGUUCAAAUGGAAUAUGCUGAAGAACUUGCCAACACUAUAGGACAGACAGUUGAUGCUACAGAAAUGCCAGAUGCGAUAGAAAUCAUAUUUCAGACCGCGCUUAACCUGGGAAGACAUGGUGGUGUUGAUGAGAUGAUGGGGAAAUCAGCAUCUGCCAUGGUGCUGUACUCGAAGGCAGUAUCCAUGCUGCGCUUUCUCCUGACUGAGGCACCGUCACUCGCCCUGAACCCCGCUCUGUCCCUAACAAGAGAUGAUCGACGCCGCCUGCGCACAUACAUUGAAGCCGUUAACGCUAGGCUCGUCCCGUUGCAAUACCAGCGGCACUGACCGCUCACCUGUACAAUAUUCUUUCAUCCUGUACAUAUAUUCGUUGGCCCAAACGAGGGCGUGUAAGAUAUGUCAUGUCUGAGAACGUGCUCCGAUUAGGGAGAAGUAGCGAAAAAUCCAGUGUAACUUGCCCAAACUGCCUACUGUAACGUGAGCUCGGUGUGCUUGCAUGGUACGCCUGAUUAUCAGGCAGCUCAGGUUGGCAGCUGAAGGCCCGACCAUGGUCGUUUGUGGACAUGUAAAGCAGACUGCUACCUCGAUGGUUUGUUCAUUAAAAUUUGGGCUUUUACACUGCAUAUGUUGUCCAAGUCAUCGUUGAUUUUGAGUUGUGCUGUCUAACUUGUCCAAGUCCUGUUAAUUAUGAAUUGAA